AUGCCAAUUUCAACAACAUUCAAGACUGUAGUUAUUGCCGGAGCCACGGGUAACGUUGGUUAUCCGAUCGCUGAAGCUUUUUUAAAUGAUGGAUCAUAUAAAAUUAAGAUUUUUCGUAAGAAACCCGAAAAUAAAAAUGAGAGAGCCGAAUUAUUAGCUUCUAAAGGAGCCGAAAUUGUCUAUGUGGAUUAUACUCAAAAGGAUGAUUUGGUUAAAGCACUCAAGGGAACUGAUGUUAUCGUAAGUGCUGUAAAAGCCAUAAGAUUCAAAAAGACGAGUGGCGAUUUUUAUAAUAUUCAAUUACCAUUGUUGGAAGCUGCUAAAGAAGUUGGUGUGAAGAGAUUUAUUCCAUCGGAAUUUGGUGGUGAAUAUACUACCGGAUUAUUCCAAGAAUUUGUUGAAAUGUUAGGAUUUGAUGUUAAAAAUAAGACAGCUACAUUUUACGUGGAUGGCAAUUCAAAAAUAUAUUCCACUUCUUUAGCGGACAUUGGUAAAUAUACCGUAGAAUCACUUAAAUUACCCGAAGCUCGUAAUGCUACUAUUAGAGUAGCUGGUUCAACUGAGACAUUUAACGAAAUUCUUCAAAUGUUUGAAGAAGCUACUGGUUCAAAAUGGAAAGUUGUUGAAGAUAGAGAAGUUCGAUAUCGAUUCCGUAACAAAAUCGAACCAAUUCCAUCAACUGCCGAUGAUUUUAGAGUUUUCGUUUUCGAAAGUUCUAUACUUAGUAAAUUUGAUAAAGUGGAUAAUGAUAAAUUUAAUUUUACUCCUCAUUCUCUUACAGAACAAAUUAACAUCAUAGCGAAAAAUGCAUAA